AUGAACAACCCGCCCAUUGCAGAGAAGAAAGCAGACGCCUUGAAGUUCGGUAUUCUAGGUGCCGCGAACAUCGGCCCGAAUGGCCUGUUCAUACCUGCCAAAUCUCACCCUGAUACUGGCGGUGCUACGAAGAGUAUUAUGUUGCCCGCGCUAGGGAACAACUUCCUCACCUACACCUUUACCGACGUGUCCGCCGGCUUCUUUGAGAACGCCGCCACCAUUUUUGCAGACUAUGGCGACCAAAUGCGUUAUAAGGUGUUCGAUCUAGAGAAAGAUCCGCUUGGGCAGGGUUACGCGCCCAACUCCUACAACGUCAUUGUCGGCUCCCUCGUCGUGCACGUCACGGCUGAGCUGGAGAAGACAUUGCUCCGGAUCCGGAAGAUUCUGAAGCCAGGUGGUUUCUUGGUCAUUGGCGAAGGAAGUCACAACUGCACAACCGGCGGUUUCAUCUUCGGGCCUCUGGACGGCUGGUGGCUCGGUAGUGAUGAGGGCCGGACGCUGACCCCCUUCGUCAGCGGCGAGGAGUGGACCCACAUACUGAAGAAGACUGGUUUCUCGGGGAUCGACACCAUCACACGGCAGACGCAGGAGGAUGUCUACGGUGUCAACGUCUGGGUCACCCAGGCCGUCGACCAGCAGGUCCAGUUCCUGCGCGAGCCCCUGUCUUCGUCGCCCGAUGCUAAUCGGAUCGAAAAGCUCGUCAUCGUGGGUGGCAAGACGCCCGAGACUGAGCCCAUCACCCUGGCUGAUGUGGACUACAACCUGAUUGACGCGACGUCCACGGUCGUCAGUCUCGCUGACCUCGACGGCGCAGUCCUCGACGACAUCCAGCCGGACACUUGGCAGGACCUCAAACAAAUGUUCGAGGUCGGAAAGACACUCCUGUGGCUCACUAGUGGCCGAGAAGCUGACGAGCCCUAUGCGAACAUGAUGGUUGGCUUCGGACGCACGGCAAUGCUCGAGACGCCAGGCCUGCGUCUCCAAUUCUUGGACGUGCCGGAUGCGACUAAGGUCGACGCGCGACAAGUCGCGGAGACCCUGCUCAGGCUCCAGGUUGAGGUUGCCGAAGACAGAACCGAUAUACUGUGGACCGUGGAGUCAGAGGUCCUCCUGGACGCCUCGGGCCGUUCCAAUGUCGCACGGCUUCGUGAUAUUUCCGAGCCGAACGACAGGUACAACUCUGUCUUCCGCCCGAUCCAGCAUGAAGUUGAACUCGACUCGGCUGCGGUCCAGCUGCGGUACAGUCCGGCAAGAGACUUCGUCCUAAAGAAGUUGUCCCACUACGGCUCCUCGUUGGAGGGCUCGGAGCCAACAAUCCAACUUCGGAUCACGCACUCGCUCCCCUAUGCCAGCAGGACGUCCCUGAGAUUCAAAUACAUCAUCAUUGGCGAAGAGAAGGCUAGACAGAAGACGUACAUGGCCCUUGUCACAUCUUUGACGCCUAUUCUCAGCAUCCCCGUCAAGGACGCAAUCCCUAUCGACCUAGCCGGUCGGUCGCCAGCCACUGUCCUCUCGUCGGCGGCUGCCUAUGUGACCGCGGAGGCGAUUUGUGCUCCCAUGUUCGCUGGUGAGACGCUCGCUGUGCACAACGCACCGAGUCACAUCUCCAAGGCCAUAGAUGCCCGGUCGGUUGAGAAGGGAGUAAGCGUCUCGUACACCUCAGACUCCUCGAUCCCUGCCUACCUCAGCAGGGCACAGGCCAGCCCGUUGAUUCCCGCAGGCGCCAGGGCCUUCGUCGGGCUCACUGAACGCGCAUCCGAGAACGAGACGACGAUGAUGGGUCUCGUUCCCCCGCAUAUCCGCAAGGAGACUGCUCACACGCUGUACGCUAUUGAUGGAAACCCGUCCACGGGCAGGCCAGACGACACUCUGGGCCAGCUGGCACAGAAGGCUUGGAGAUACGCUCAAGUUCACUCGGAAGAGGCCAGUCACAGCCAAAUCACCCCUGCGCCCUUGGAAGACGUCAACGGACAGUUCGUUGGUAACUUUGGCCUCUCGACGAUCGUGGAUUGGACAACGUCCCCCACGCAGUCGGCCGAGAUCUCCAGGCUGGACUCGACACAGAUGUUCAAGGGUGACAAGACCUACUGGAUGGUGGGCUUGUCCGGCGUGCUCGGAAGUAUCUUCCUGGACCGUAUAUUCGACCAUCAGCCCCUGGACUUUUUCAUUUUCUUCUCGUCGAUCAACUGUGUCGUGGGCAAUCUUGGGCAAGCAAACUAUGCCGCCGCAAACAUGUUCAUAUGUGCCAUGGCGGCGAAUCGGAGGAAGCGUGGUCUGACUGGCUCGGCUCUGAACGUUGACACCAUCACAGGUGCUGGGUACAUGGAGAGAGAGUCCAGAAAGGCGCUCGAUCUCACCGUCUCCAAGACGGCCUUAAUGCACCUUUCAGAAGAGGACCUCCACCAGCUGUUCGCAGAGGGCAUCGAAGCAGGUCUGCCCAAUGCUGAACAUGGACCGGAGGUCUCCACAGGGCUAUUGGACAUCGACGCAGCGGCCGAAGAGAGGCCAAGGUGGUGCAAAGACCCCAAAUUCUCGUUCUUUGUCAACCACCGCACAAGAUCCGGCGGAGACAGUGCUGGGCAGGCCACCAACGUAACGAUAGCAGAUAUGCUGAAAGGCUGCAAGACUGAGGCCGAACUCCUGAAGAUCAUCAAAGACACGUUUGCGGCACAAUUGCGAAACGUGCUCCAGAUGAGUACGCCCGAUGAGAACCUCAUGGCGAUGCGAAGCAGCGAGAUCGGCCCGGACUCUCUGAUUUCCGUCGACGUGCGUGCCUGGUUCUUGAAACACUACCAUGUCAGCGUGCCCGUGCUGAAAAUCAUGGGGAACGACACCAUGGUCAAUAUUGCUGAGCACGUCGCGGAGAACGUACCACCGGAGAUCGUGCCCCAGUUGAGCGGCAGUCUGACUCCCGAGGAAGAGACGUCGGGCAGUGACGUCUCGCCAUCCAGCCAGUCCGGAGACCUGACGACGGAUGGCCAGUCUACUUCUGGGAGCUCCCUGCAGGAGCAGAACAUCGAUGAUACCGGCAAGAUUGACUACGAGGCCGAGUCCACCCUCCCAGCAGAUUUUGCACACCUCGCCCUCCACGGGGAGACCUUGGGCGCGUCUGUGGCCAAAGCCAAGCCGGAGACGAUUCUCCUAACGGGUGUCAGCGGCUUGCUUGGGCGCCACCUGCUAAACCACUUGCUCGACAACCAGCCUCAGGUGAAGAAGGUCAUUUGCAUAGCUGUGCGAGAUCUCGCCGCACGUCUCCCCCACCUCCGUCAGGACGACCGCGUCACGUACUUCGAGGGUGACCUGCGCGAGCCUCGCCUGGGCCUCUCCGAGGCAGACGCCGUGGCCAUCUCCGACCAGGUCGACGCCGUCAUCCACAACGGGGCCGACACGUCGCACCUCAAGUUCUACCGCGACAUCAAGGCCGCCAACGUGCUCUCGACAAGGUACCUGGCGCGCAUGUGCCUGGCGCGCCGCACCCCGAUCCACUACGUGUCGUCCGUGGGCGUCUCGCUGUUCAAGCCAGGCCGCGCCACCUUCCCCGCCGUGUCGGCCACCGACGCGAGCCCGCCCCCAGGCGGCUCGCACGGCUACAUCGCCUCCAAGUGGACCAACGAGCGCUUCCUGGAGCGCGUGAGCCAGCAGUGCGGCCUUCAGGUGUGGAUCCACCGCCCGUCGACCAUCAUCCGCGAGGGCGAGGACACCGUGGGCCGCGCAGCCGAGAUGGACUGGGUGAACGCGCUGGUGGACUACUCGCACAGGCUGCGGACGGUGCCCAAAUGCACACAUGCCAAGGGGGCGUUGGACCUCGUGUACGUGGACAGCACGGUCAGCGACAUCGUGCGGCACGUGGUCGGGAACGAGCCCCGGCAGCCUGUGACGUACGUCCACCAGGUCGGGGAGCUGGUCCUGCCGCUGGACAACAUGAAGACGAUGGCUGGGGCGGGCAAGGAGCCGUACAGGGAGGCGUCUAUGGCCCAGUGGGCUUCCAAGGCCGUCGCUGCGGGACUGCACCCGGCUGUGGCAGCGGUGAUUGAGACGAUGGAUACCCCAGGCACUGCAUACCCGAGGAUGAUCAGGGGUUGA